AUGGGGAAAAUUGGACCCCAGCCAAAACUGGCAAGAAACAAAACACCAGACGGGGAAAAGACCCAAGCAAACAACACAACACCACAACUCCUCUCCCCGGCUGAGCAGCGGGGACGAGAAAAGGAGACUGCAUUUUUAGCGAAAGAAAUGGCUAAAAAGAAACUCGCCAAACCGGCAAGCGCCAAAUACUACACAGCCCGACAGAGCCGCCAAAAUCGCGCUCUGUCUGCACCACAAAAGCACACAAAGGGCACCCGCGUCGGCAUCACGAAACCAGCGCAAAAAAGCCCAACCAACCGCGUCGCGUCGACUUCCGCAUCUGCGAGCAGACCGACGACGACAAACACUUCAGUAAACUCCACCCCACGACAACAGCAAGGGGCAGGGAAAAGGAAGUCUCAGAUCCCCACAAGAAUACACAAUUUCGAGAGUCCCAACCGUUUUGACGCCUUGGGGGACUCGGAUGAGGAAGGCGAGACAACCGCCACCCCAGACGUCAACCCGCCGCCGCCACCACAACAAACUCCACCAAGGGAUACACCAACAGCUCCAACCGCUACGUCACACGACGACAACUCGACUCCCGCCGUCGAGGGUCAGCAACAGUCCACCGACAGCGGAGAGGACGAGACAAAUCCCAGAAAUGUGCCACCAAUAGUGGUGUACCAACUAGAGGGGUACACCAAACUAAACAAGCUAUAA